AUGGGCGACCCCGUUCUUCAUUCCACCAUUUCCACCAAUUGCUCCACAUUCUUCCAUGCAAGCCCCCUCCAUUAUCAUACAAUCCCGCCAACUCUCUUAUUUUCUCGCGUGGAUUGCUCGGCUUCUGACCCUCAAGGGGUUCGCCUUUUCCCUGUGAACUGUCGUUCGUUUCUACUCCAAACUACCUCGUCUUUCCUUAUUCCCAUUGUGGCCGAUAUUUCGUCUCUUUCUCUGUCUCUCUCUCUCUCCCUCUCUCCUGUGCUUAUCAGCAAUUGCGAUCGGUGUUGUAACCGCAGCAGCACGCGCCAGGACCCCCCUUCCCCUAUCUUGGCACGUUCGCCCUACCCACUGAAGCUAGCCGCCAACGUCGCAGUUCAAGCGUCACCUUAA